GCGUGAGGAGGUGAAGUGCGUCAAGUUUAGCUGUCCACAGCAUCUCAGCAUUUGUUCCCAAUUCGCCAGGACGCGUCCAAGAUGAUAAUGGAUGCCGUGAGGUGGGCAACGAACAAAGUGGACGAAUCGGUAGUGAAUCCUGUGGCCUCGCGACUGGCCGGGUCUGUGGUCAAUCCAGCCGUGCUGAGUUUCCUGCUGUGGGACCGCCUCAAGUCGCUUACGCCGCAGCGCGCGCGCGAUCUGACGCGGCUUCUGGCCACAGCACUGUCCAAUGCAUUAGGCGUGUUUGGCGCCGAGCGCGGGACGCAGUUUGGGGACAGCACUAAGCAAUUACAGGAAGAUUUUGUGCGUGCUGCAAGCUCUCGUAGUGGCCGGGACGUGGUACUCAAUAGCGUAGCCACGGUAGCCAAGGUGGCCCAGGCACUUAAUACACCAGAGACUAAGGCGGCCACACAGCAGCUAUUCCAGACACUGCAGUCCGUGAUUGACUUUUUCGCUAGUGAUGACGGCCGCCGCAUCAUCUCCAGCACGGGCGAGUGUCUAGCCAGUGCCAGUGAAAUGGCAGCAUCGCCUGAAGCGUCCAUCUUUUUGGCAGAGCUGGCCACAAAUCUGCUGCACACGCUCGAAAGCGAGGAGAAACGACGUUUGAACACGCAACAGCAGGAAAAAGAAGCCAUGAAGGAGGAGAGCCAGCAGCAGCAUGAUAAACUAGAUCUAGAGCUGGAGGACGAGAUGCAGGUCAACGGAGAGGUGGAUGAAAAACAUCCUUAUUCUCCUACAUCUUCGAUGGCCGACACUCGGUGGAGCUUCGACACGAAGUCCAUGCCCUCGUUGUCGGCACCAGGUACGCCGAUGACAGGCAUGUACACGCCCAGAGCGUCAGUGGACAGGCCCAUGCCCUCGUCAUCUCCAGUUCGUCUGGCACAACGACGUCGGGUGUCGAUCUCGUCGCCAGUAGAGAUAAACAACGGCUACCGCUCGGCGCGCAUUGAGAAGGAAGUAUUGCUCAAGAUGGGGGUCGACUCGUCGCUGCUCAGCGAAAUCCAGCGAGUACUUGAUGUUAUCACAGCAGACGAAGAGGAGAAAGAGCGUGUGGAAAUGCAGCGUCAACGUACAGAAGCGGAAUACGUCGCCAGUCUGGUAGUCCCGAAGACCGAUGAGGACCAAACAGCAGGAAUCACGGGCAUGGGCAUUGCUUGCGCAUUCGGCAAUAACGAGGAGGAGAAAUCCGAUGAGGUUGUCGAUGGAGAUGAAGACGUGUCACCAACAACGCCUGUAAUGUUGCCUGAAUGGCACGUAGAGCCUGUGCGCGGAGUACUUCGUUGUCGCCACGCUCAUGCUGAACUGGUGACAGGGCAACGUGACGCGGCUGAGCGUCAAGCCCGCGAGAUGGCAGCGGUACUAGCCCAACGCCACAUUAAUCACGGCGACCUGCAACCUGCAGAUGUUGCAGCUUGUUGGAUUAUCGCCAGGAUGCUCGUCUAUGGUGUGGCGUUGUUCAUGCUGCUGUCGGGCUACCUGCUCAGCCGCAAUCUCUUCCAUUUUUGAAACAUCUUUGGAGUGAUCUGUUUUAUUAUCGACUCUUUUAACAUCGAUUAGCGAGUUCUAAUUACCUGUUUUUAGUAGUAUUUAGAAUUGGUACUGUUACUAGUAGUACUUGUCUAAUUCAAUGCGCAAUGGAGUCCAGAAUGUUUCGCAC